UGGUUUCUAAAGCAGUAGAAACGAAAUAAAUACAAGGUCUCGAACAGUUAUGAAGCGCUGCUGUGCUAUUCCCCAAGAUCCAACAAUCUCCUCAUCUUAGAAAAUCCUCCCUCUCGAUCGUGAAAAUGCAUAUUCUCACAUCCCUCAUCAUCGCCCUCAUCCCCCUCACGAUCGCAAAACCUCACCCCGUACACCAAGCUCCCAACCUCUCACCAUCCCAAUGUCCAGACCCAUCGGCCCCUAACUCCUUCACAUUCAGCUCCUUCGCGUACCUCCGGUACACAACCAGCGACAACCCGAUGCCCCCGGCCCCACAGCCCAACACAACCCAGCUCGUCUUCGUCCUCGAGAACGCGAGCACGGGCGUGAGCACGGGGUGCGCGAUCCAGAACAUGAUGGACGGCGACGGGAACUGGGCCGACGACAGCCGUGUGUGGUACCAGUGCGUGGAUCGCGCGGUGACGGGUGCGGACGGCGUCCAGCGGGCCGUGAGGACGCGCGCCCAUGUGAUCUGGGACGAGUGGCGGGUCGCUGUGAACCAGACGUGGGCUUGUGAUGAUAGUACAACGGUCAGUCAAUUUGCCGCCUUGACGCUGACGCCAACCUGCAGCGUGACUACAACAAGCUGGCAAAACAUCAAGUCAUGUGAGGCACCCGAUGUUGUCGUUUCGACAACGUCACACGAGAGCACAAUAUUGUAGGACAUUGGCACAAUGGAUUGAUAUCAGAAUUACAAAAUAGGAAAUAUGAGAUCGGCUAGAAUGCCUUGGUAUAUAUGCCUUGGCGUAGGCAGAAUGUCGUGUCAAUACCCAUCAGCUACUUUCAAAAGCUAAGUAAACACGAAUAUAACGCCGCGCCCCUGCCUAGGCGGCUCUGACCCCCCCAGAAAUGACAAUUACGCCUUGAAUAUGCUUUUUUCUGUUUCUCUGGACUAAAGCCACCAGGAACGCCUUUCAUGAGCGUCAUUAAUGCUCGCCAUGAAUGAUGCCAGACUAACAAAUGGAUGCUUCAACAAAACAAGCGACAUGCUUCCCUCUGUAUUAGAAAGUUUUGGUGGCAGAUAGGACCAUAAGCUCGAGGUAACUCUCCUAGCUCAAAAAAACGAUGAUGCGAGCAUAUAUGCGAAGCAUGUUGA